AUAUUUUUUAACAAUUACUAGCAGCAUUUUUCAAGAGUUCUUAUAGAAUCAUGUCUCGAUCUCCGCCGUAUUUCCCCGACGAUCUCAUUCUGCAAGUGUUAUCCCUUCUUAAUGUGAAAUCUAUUCUUCGAUUCAAAUGUGUUAACAAGUAUUGGGGCACUCUCACCUCCGAUCCCACCUUCGUGAAUUUGCAUCUCAAGAAAUCAGCAAAACAAAAUACCCACUUCUUACUCAUCACCCAACAUGUAACUGAUAUCCCUGGCGAGUUAUCCGAUGGAAGUGAUGAUAGAUAUGUGCGUGACUAUGGUGUCAUUCCCUACUCCGUAAGCACUUUACUCGACAAUCCAUCUUUCACCCUUUCUGUCGAUGAGAAAUACCUGGUGCAAUCCAAAGGAUGCUCUAAUAUUGUUGGUUCCUGCAACGGAUUGAUCUGUUUGGUUGGUAGAUCCAUCACCCGUGAGUAUUUUGAGUACUCGUUCCGAUUAUGGAACCCAGCCACCAGGAUGACAUCUCCUAAAUUUGGGUCCUUAUGCUUAUUUCAUAAUACUUCUGUCUUCCCUUCCUCCUAUGACGGCAAUUACAAUUUCCUCUUUGGUUAUGAUAAUUCAACCGACACUUAUAAGGUCGUGGCCUCGCGUUACAGUGGACGUGAACAGGGAAGCGAUGUCAGAAUUCUAAGUAUGGGUGAUAAUGUUUGGAGAGAUAUUGAAAGUUUCCCGGUUGUUCCUUUGCAUUUUGGAGCUGAUUCAGAACUCUCUGAUGAUAAUUGUGGCGUGUAUUUCAAGAACAGUAUUAACUUGCUGGCUAUUAAAAAUAAACUAUGGUUCUAUCGUACGGAUAUUAAGAAUAUUACAGUUAAGCAAUUUGUUAUUGUUUCCCUUGAUUUGGGAACGGAGACAUAUCAUCUAUACCUACCGCCUAGUGGCUUUGAUGAAGUGCCGCCUACUGAACCAAAUGUUGGUGUGUUGGGGGACUGUCUUUCUUUUUCUUAUUGUUAUAACGAAACCCAUCUUAUUAUAUGGCAGAUGAAGAUAUUUGGGGUUCAAGAUUCUUGGUUUCAAUUUCUUAAAAUUAGUUAUCACAAUCUCCAAAUUGACUAUAACUAUAGUGAUAAUGGAUAUAAGUAUGUUUUUGAUAUUGUUCCAUUGUUUCUAUCUGAAAACGGCGAUACAGUGAUACUUCAUUGCAGUCAGGAGGUAUCCCAAGAUAUCAUCUAUAAUUGGAGAAAUAGCCGAGUAGAGCGAACAAACAUUACUGCAAGAAAAAGAAUUACUGAUGAGAGAACUAGGGAUAAUGCCUUGUGUGCGGCUGAGAACUAUUUUGAAAGCUUAGUUUCAGUUUUUUGAAGAAUUAGGAUAACCACCAAAAGCUAAUAUAGUAUGGGAAUUAAGAGUUUAGCGGAACGGAAGCCAAGGCAUUGUCAGAUGAGGAAGAAUUCAGAGGAACAUGGUUUGAAUUAGUUAGGAUUUUAGAAUGAAAUUUGUCUAGGUAAUUUCAUCUUUGUUUGCAUAUCCAAACAUUUCUUUUAUUUCUUUCAUCUUGGUACUGCAUUGCAAUGUUUAUUACUUAUUUGUUUCAGUUUAAACCUUGGUGAGAUAAACGCAUAAUGUUAAUUAUUGUGUAUUCCUAAUUCACUUAUGUAACAUUAGUUAUGUACUAAAGUGUUAAAGUCACCGUGUUCCUUUGGCUCAAGUAAAUUGUUAGGAUUAGCAAUAGGCCUGCUAUUGUUUGAAGAAAGUCCUUAAUACUAGUAGGCGUGCGAGAGAAUGUAUAAUUAUAACUGGUCAGAACUAACUGGUUUUGGAUGGCUCUAAACGGACUACCUACACGGAGGGUCUGAGUAAAGCAUUGUAAAGCGCAGUCGGUGAGACAUCGGGACAUUAGCAAUUGGGAACAUGGUAGGAACUUGCUUAUUAAGUCUGAGAUUAGAUAGUAUGAGAUGUUUGUGGAGUAUUUAAGUGGCUAGUAUACUUAGGCUUUUGUACUACAGUUACUAUUGAUUUUUCAAGAACCAAGUUUAGAAAGUGCGAGUGAGUGAUUCCUUUAAUGAAUGAAAUAUGCAUGAAGUACGAAAGACGUAAAUUUAAUAACUUUUGUGGCCCUAGUCAUAGGAGGUUCAAUUCAUGAUUAUAGUUUAGUAUGAUCUUGUGCUU